AUGGGUGUCCAAGGACUCUGGCAGCUCCUUCAGCCCGUCGCUCGUCCCAUCAAGAUCGAGACGCUCGAAGGCAAGCGUCUAGCCAUCGACUCCUCGUUAUGGCUCUAUCACUUUCAGAUGGCCAUGCGCGACAAGGAGGGCCGCACGCUCUCCAAUGCCCACAUCCUCGGUUUCCUCUGGCGCAUCCUUAAGCUGCUUUUCCACGGUGUUCGUCCCGUCUUUGUCUUCGAUGGCGGUGCGCCCGUCAUGAAGCGCAAGACGCUGUCCGGAAGAAAAGCUCGAAAGCAAGGCGCAAAGGAAUCCCACGCUCGUACCGCAGAAAAGCUGCUGGCCGCACAGCUGAGGCAAGCCGCCAUCAAACACAUCGCCGACGGCGGCCAGGCGCAACCUUCUUCUUCGACAGCGGGACAGGCUUUGUCCUCAGAGGAUGCAGUCGGUCUGGGCGAAAACACGGUCUACUUUGACGAUCUUCAAGCUGGCAGGCCAAGAGCAAUUGCCUCUCGUGAAUUGCAGUCAACCGAACCCACCAGCUUGGCCGCACCGAGUCGAGAGAAUAGCAGCUCGCCUUCCAAAUCAGGCGCUCGUAAAAUUGACUGGCACAAAGAUCCGUACGCUUUGCCCGCCAUGGAAAAGGACCUCCAUCAAGUUGCCGCGGCCAACGGUCGAAAAGGAAGGCGAAAGGAUUAUCGCUUUGCCACAGAGGACGAGCUACGUGCCGUCAUGAACACCAUCGCUCCCGAAGACCUCGACACCACUUCCGACCUCUUCCGCAGCUUACCCGCCGAGCUUCAGUACGAGCUGGUCGGCGAUUUGCGUGCCCAGUCGCGCAUGACCUCCUACAAACGUCUCCAGUCCAUGCUCGCAACCGCCCCGACUCCUAUCGACUUCUCACGCGCUCAGAUCGCCGGUCUCAAGACGCGCAACGACUUGACCCAAAAGGUGCUCACCGUCACGGACGAGAUUGGCAAGGCCAAUAUCAAAGUCCCGAUUCGCGUAGCAGGAGAGCGCAACAAGGAAUAUGUGCUCGUGCGCAAUCCAGGUGCAGAAGGUGGUUUCGUGCUUGGUGUACGCGAUGCCGGCACCACACAAGACAAGGCCAUUGACGUGGAUCACGAGCCUGAAGAGAUCAACAUCACCGACGACGAGGCGCAACGCACCGACUCGGAUCCUGAAAUGGAGAUGGACGACGUCGAUAUUCCGGUUCAAGCCUCUCCUGCGCGCUCCGUCGAUCCGGAGCUGGAUCAACUACAGAGCGAAGCCGACCCGUACACGCGCAAGGAGAAGGCGCUCGAGCUGCUCCAGGCGCGAGCCAAGUUCCACGCCAAGCAGAAACGUAGGGAGGCGGGGAUCGAGGACGACGACGAUGACCUCGAACGUGCGCGUCAACCUCGACCGAAACGCGGACAACGCCCGCUCUUUAUCCGCAACCAGCUUGCGUCGGUCGCCGGAUCCAGCAACUCUCCCCAGCCCACGUCGGAAUGGAUCGAUGUCGAUGCAGAUUCGGACGAUCAAGACGGUGACUUUCAGGUAGCGCAGAGUUUCGACGACGAGCUCGAUGAGGACGAGGCCGAGGAUUUCGCUCGCGCUAUUGCCGAAUCUCAGGCUUCUGGCUCGCAUCAGCAUCCAACAGAACAACCGGCGCCUUCACGCGGUCUCACGCUGGCUCAUCGCAGUGGUGAGCCGAUCUCGCUGCGCGACGCCAUGUUGAGCAGGCAGCAACCGACGCAGUCGCCGUCCGGACGUGAUGCAGCGCCUGUUCCUUUUCUCGCACCCAAGGCUCAAGAUCAAGACUAUUUUGACAUGAACGAUGACGACUUCGAAGAUGUUAGCCCCGAGGCCCCGUCCACGUUGCGUGAGGUUCAACCGUUCCUGGACACAGCUCCAGACGCGGACACGGUCAGCGAGCAUCGCGGUUCUGCCGACAAGCCUGAUCGUAUGCAGGAGCUGGCGUCGCUUGUUGGUCGCGGCAAGAGAUCAAACGGUGAUGCUGCGAAACUACCACCUCGUAAAAGCCUCGCUGGUAGUCUUCGAGCUGCGCGCCGCUCCACAUCCACCACCAUGAACGAACAGCCAGAGCCGAUACCAUCGCCCGAAGUAACCUCCAAAAAGAGCGGAGAGGCAGCUGCCAGUACCAAGGUAGUAGAGACCGAAACACCUCCUCGGCUCUCUGCUGAAAACGCUAGUCGGAUGGGUCCACCGCUUAGAUCAGCUUCUCAGCAGCGACUCGAGAUUGCCGCUAUGCGACCCAACUCGCCUAUCCUGACAGCACCAGCACCAGCAGUCGUCGAACCGCCACCGCUGCAAGACAAACUAACCCUCACACCCGAGGAAGUGAACCAUCAGCUUGAUGCUGGGAUCGAUGCCCUCGUAGCAGAGGACGAUGACGACGACUUUAAAGUGAUCGAACCUUCCCCGCCAAAAAUCGAGAGCGGGGGAAAGCCCCAGCUGCCAGCCGCCCCGGUCGAAACAGUAAUGGAAGCCACGUCGCUGCCACCACAGCCGCUAGAUGAGGAUCUUGCAGUCAGCAGCGAGGUGACGAAAGUAGUGGAUGAGGCGGAGGUUACCGCUUUUGAACCACAAGAGCUGGGAGAGCCUGGUGUGCCCGUGACUCUAGCGGUCCCAGAGGAAAUCCUAGACGGCGCACAAGGACCAGGUGUGACCGAGAAUGGCGCAGGACAUGACGCCGUAGCGAUGGACAAUGUGCCCUCGGCUGCGGCAGAGCACAUUUCAGAGCCUGUCUCAAUCGAACCCGCAACUCCUGACAGCAUUGGCGAAGCCUCCAGCAGACAGCAGACGCCAAUGGAUUGGUCGCCCACUCCCUCACCCGAGCCAGAAGAUGUCGUCAUCGGUGCAGACGGGUUCCCUCUUCCCACCGCUGAGGAGCUGGAUGCUAUGGACGCUGAAGACGAAGACGAGAUCGCUCGACUCAAUGCAGACCAGAACGAGUUUGUUGCCUUUCUCAGCGCUACCAAAGGACGCAGCCUGCUCGACGUGCAAAAGGAAGUCGAGAGCGAAGUAAAUGCUUUACGUGCCGAAUUCGCCAACAGCCGCCGAUCCGAGGAAGACAUCACCAAACAGAUGGCGCAAGAGAUCCAGAUGAUGCUGCGUCUCUUCGGACUGCCUUACAUCACGGCCCCCAUGGAAGCCGAAGCACAGUGCGCCGAGCUCGUCUCUCGCCGGCUGGUGGACGGCAUCAUCACGGACGAUAGCGACGUGUUCCUCUUUGGCGGGACGCGCAUCUACAAGAACAUGUUCAACAACAACAAGAUCGUCGAGUGCUUCUUGCUUUCCGAUAUGCAGCGCGAGCUGGGUCUCGAUCGCGAAAAGCUCGUCCGGCUCGCUUACUACCUCGGGAGCGAUUACACGGAAGGCUUGGCGGGCGUGGGACCCGUGGUGGCCAUGGAGCUACUUGCGCUGUUCCCAGGCGAAGACGGUCUGCUCAAGUUCAAGGACUGGUGGAUGCGCGUGCAGAUGGGCCAGGACACGGAAGAGCAUACGCGCGGCAAGACGAUGAGGCGCAUCAAGAAGAACCUGCGCAACAAGGUGCAUCUCGAGCCGUCUUGGCCGGAACCCGCCGUGUUGGAUGCGUACUAUGCGCCCACGGUGGACGAGAGCGAUGAGCCCUUUGCGUGGGGGUUGCCGGACUUGGACAGCCUGCGUACGUUCUUGGGCGAGUACCUGCACUGGCCCGUGAGCAAGACAGACCAGUACCUGCUGCCGAUCAUCGAGCGCCAGAAUGCGCGCAACAGGGCGCGAGGCAAUCAGACGACGUUGGAUCGCAAUGGAUUCUUCGACACUUCGGCGGGGACGGGGAUCUAUGCAGGCAGGAAAAAGAUCACUUAUGGAAGCAAUCGACUGCAAGAGGUUAUCAAUGGUUUUCGAGCUGCGAACAAACGCGGGAAGCGUGGUGCAACUGCCGCUGCAAGUAGGCCUGCUGCGAGCAGCGGUAGCAGCGAUGAUGACGACGACGAGGUGCAGGUGGUGGGUGCACGCAUGCAGACGCCGGUGGUAUCGGAAGAGAUGCUGGGCAAGGAAAUGGCCAAGCGCCGGCCGAUUGUGCGACGCGACGAAGGCGGAGUAGCAGCUAAUGGUGGGGAUGCGCAGACUCGAGCAGCGAGGCGAGCCGAGUUGGAUGCGGCUAUCGAAGCGCUCGAGGGUGCAGUUCCAGAGUCAGCAGCGGUGUCAACAGCGACGACCUCGACAGCGACAGCAUCGAAGCGCAAGAAAAAGCCCACCAAGAAAACCAAGUCACGCGGUACCGGUGGUGGUGACGAAGGACUGCUCUCCUCCUCCGCUUCGUCAUCGGCAUCUUCAUCUGACGCAGAAGACGAGCCACUUGCCGCGGCAGCAGCAGCAGCAUCGGUACCGGUCACCAAGAUCGCGCGUACCAGCACUCGCGGUGGGCGGGGCCGUGGUCGUGGUCGUGGACGCAGAACAGCAGCAGCAGCAACGGCGUCCGCCACUACUCAGACAGGCCGAGGCAGAACCACCACCACCACCACCACCUCCUCCUCCGCUGCUACUACUACUCGCGGCCGUGGCAGUGCAGCAGCAGGCACGGGGAAAGGCAGUCGGGCACGCGCCAACCUGCACGCUGCACGCAACAUGUCGCUGGACGAUGUCGACUCGUUGCCCGCGAGUCGGAGCCCGUCGGUGGACCCGGCUGCGCUGAGGGCGCGCGGCAGCCGGCGUUCGAGCAGCAGUGCGAGUUCGACGCGGUAA